AUGGUGCGAGCACCUUUUUUCUCUUUUCGUCGGCCUCUGCGCAGGACCUUACCGGUUGGAGGCUCUUCCCUGCAGCGUGGCAGCAUCCCGUUCAUCGAAACACCCAUUGAACCAUCUAUUGGCGGGACAGAUGGGGCUUCUGUACGCCUCAACCGGCAUGCGGAUGCCACUCCGAUAGAACUGUUCUUUGACCUGUUUUUCGUGGCGAACCUGUCUACUUUUACGGCUACACAUGAGAUCCACAAUGUAGAAGCUUUAGGAGCGUACACGGGAUUUCUCGGCGUAAUCUGGUUUACCUGGCUCCAAGUGACACUAUAUGACGUCCGAUUUGCUCGAGACUCGGUCUUUGAACGGUUUUGCAAGGCUGUGCAAUUGGCUGCAAUGGUUGGUUUUGCAUCUGCGGGCACGCGGUUUACCACGCAUGUUCGGGAUGAGAACGUUUGGGCUUUCCAGUCAUUGAGCCUGCUCCUGGGUGGAAGUCGAAUCUUACUGGCCCUUCAGUACACCGUCAAUAUUCUUUUCAUCCGCCAGCACAUGAGACAUGCUGCUCGGGGGGUAUCUCUCAUUGCUACUGCAUUAUUUGUGACCAGCUUGGUGUAUCUGGGGAUGUUUUUCAUGUUCAAGGCGCAGCUUGGUAUCUACCCCUAUAUAUGGACCGUUUGGUUUGUUUUGUUCGGCCUGGAAAUGUGGAUUGUCAUGGGAGUUUCCUGUGUUACACCAGGGAUUGGGCUUCAAGACACUCACCUGAAUGUGCGAAUGGGGCUCCUUACCCUGAUCAUCAUCGGGGAAGGCGUCAUAGCAAUUACAAGAAUUGUCAACAAAACGGUGCGGCCAGGGGGCUGGACCAAAUGGUCGUUUGUGCAUAUCCUGGGUGUUACAACCAAUGUGUAUCUUCUGUGGCAGGUGUACUACGACCUUUCCCCGAAAUGCAUGCUUGGGAAGUACGCACAACUGGCCUGGGCCCAGUUGCAUUUUCCAUUCCACGUGGCUCUCAUCCUCCUUCUUGAGGGGUCGCAGAUUCUAGCCCUGACGCUCGACAUUGCCCUGAAAUUGACCUAUCUUCUGGAAACUAUCAUGUUUGCCUGUGAGGAGCCACGGCCACCACCCGACGUUGCCAUCCACCUCCUUCGCACCACCAUUGCUGAUAUGGAGAUCAAUUACAGCCGCGGCUCAACCAAGGCAAGAAUAGCAAUAUCAGACAUUCUAGAAGACUUGCCCAACCAUCCCUUAUGUCCCAUGGGCCAGACCCCCAGCUAUCACGUAACUCGCAAUCACCUGGGCGACCUGGUUGGAAAUGUAACGGCCGCUCUGUUCUCCAGUAUGGGUAUUGUUCCCUCAGAGGGCUCGAAAUUCAACCAUCUCAGUGGACCCCAGCUGUUGAGAACGUAUGUGGAGGUCCUGGGAUUCGUUUAUGUGUAUUUCUUUGUCGUUGCAUCGCUCGUGAUGUUCCUCUUCGCCGCUUUCCUCCUGCUAGCGCGUCGCCACCAGAGUCGCUUCUGCAUCGGUAUUGGAGCAGCGGCCCGGGUUGUCCUGGGGGUGUUCUUGGCCGGUCUGGUAUCUUUUGUUCGAGACUUCUCACUGGUGUAUUCUUUCAUGACGUCUCCGGCGAUCCUAUACGCAUUUACCUUCACCUUGCUGACAGGUAAGCUUUUUUUUGUUUCCAUCCGGCCCAUCGCCACCAAUCGCUGUUAUCCGAUGAAACAAAUUUUCUGA